AGAGAGAGACUGUCAAUCCCUCCCCCGCUACAGAACGUCACUGAAAGGGAGAGGACAGCAUCUUGGCUGACCCAGCUCUUUCUCUAGAUAACUGAAUUCAGCCAACCAAACAGGAUCGACCUCUCCUUCUCUCUCAGCCCUGCAGCCACAGACACACGGUCAGCAGAGAGGGAUGUCAAAGCUGAAAGAAAGCCAGUCCUCCUCGGUGAAAAACCAGCAGAGCGCGGUCAUUCUUCACGUUUACGCACGGGGUGUUUACUUCUUUUACGCGCCGCCCGGAGACAAAUUGGUUCGAUUCUGCGCCUGCUAAGUAUUUGUUAUCUGCCAUCUAUCUGUCGGUGGUAAUAAUGAUUCCCAGUCCGGUCAUAACUUCUUCUACCACGCCUUUUUCUGUGAAGGACAUUCUGAAGUUAGAGCUGCAGCAGCAGUCUCAGCAGCACCAGCUCCAGUUCAUCUCCUGCUUCGGUCUCUCUGGCGCGCUGUCACAAACAGGAGCUUUCCCAAAUAAAUCGCUCCGCUCUCAUUCGCCGCCCUCCUGCAUGCUGGCGGGCAGAGACAGCCCGAGUCCCAUCAGCUCUUGCCUCUCGGAGAGCGACGAGAGAAUGUCGUACCUCAACACGCUGGCCGUGCAGGACCGGCUGGCGGAGUCUGGUCUACCGGUGGAAGUGUUCAGCAACCCGGGGCAGAAUCACUCUGGAGACCUCGUGCUGGAGCAGGAGGACCAAGACAGCAAGAGCUGCGGUGCGUUGCGGGAUGAGUGCGAGGACCCAGAGGUGGAGAAGCCCACCACCAAGCAGCAGAGGACCAGGAGGAAACCCCGCGUCCUCUUUUCCCAGGCUCAGGUGUUUGAGCUGGAGCGACGCUUCAAGCAGCAGCGUUAUCUAUCCGCCCCGGAGAGAGAACACCUAGCCAGCUCCCUGAAACUCACCUCCACCCAGGUCAAGAUCUGGUUCCAGAACAGGAGGUACAAAUGCAAGAGGCAGCGUCAGGACAAGACUCUGGAGAUUGCAGGCCAUCACCGUCAUCACCACCACCACCCACCGCCGCCGCCAAGGAGGGUGGCCGUGCCUGUUCUGGUCCGAGACGGGAGGCCUUGUCUGACUGGAUCCCAGAACUAUAACACUCCUUACACAGUCGGACCACCAAACCCAUACAGCUAUAACGGCUACCCAUCAUACAGCUACAACAACUCGGUGUAUACUAACACUUACUCUUGUACUUAUUCUAGUUUACCUGCUCUUCCUCCGAGCAACACCACUAACGCUUUCAUGAACAUGAAUUUGGGAAACCUUGGCGCACAGGCGCAAAGCCAGGCACCCCAAGGACCAGUGGUCACACCCUGCCAAGGAACCCUGCAGGGCAUCCGAGCAUGGUAGCGCGGUCCUUGUGCACAAUCACAGCUGGGAGAGACCGGUGGAUGAAUGGACUCAAGCAUGUAAACCCUCUCAACUAAUGCAAUGAAAGCACAAUUUCAAGCUCUGCAACGACGUACAGAGAGUGAAAGUAGGUUAGCUGCAACUCAAGAUAUGAAGAAGCCUUAGUCAGUUUUCUGAGAUUUAUAAAGACAUCUAUAGGCCCAGAGUCUGUGCGCAUUUUUCUCUGAGCCACGUUGUUUAAAAUGAAAGUCGUUUUGGAUGAGAAUGAACUGUGACCGUGCGUAAUGGUUCCAAAUGGAUGUGUAAGAAAUAAAGGGAAGUUAUGCGGACGUUUUUUCGUACACGUUUUAUGUAUUAUGUGUAUCCUUUAAUGAAUACUGGCAUAAAUAUGCCAUUUUAAUUAGACUGCAAGAAAAUAAUAAUAUGCACCACGAGUGUUAGUUAAUGCAGUAUUAUGUUUAUAAGGCAUUUUAUCCCCUCUUUUUAACGGAGUGACUUGUGUUUAUCCAGAAGCAUUUGGUUUUACUCUAAAAACAAGCGGGUGGAACUGAAAG